CUAUUACAAAAACGUAAUCAGGUCCGAGCAACUGUCAUUUUGCAAGAUUUUAUUCAAGUAAAGAUACCGUUGACUUUUAUGUUAGUCUGCGUGUGUUAGUUUCUGGAUUCGUUUAUGCUGAAGAUAAUGAGCCUAUCGUUAAGGGCAGAUCUUUCUGUUGAUAAGAAUAAAAAGAAGAAGAGGAGGGAGCUAACUGAUGAACAGAAAGAGGAGAUCAAAGAAACAUUUGAACUUUUUGAUACUGAUAAAGAUAAAGAAAUAGAUUAUCAUGAAUUAAAGGUCGCAAUGCGAGCUCUUGGCUUUGAGGUUAAAAAAGUUGAUGUCUUGAAGAUCUUAAAAGAUUAUGACAGAGAAGGCACUGGAAAGAUAACUUUUGAAACUUUCAAAGAGAUUGCAACUGACAGAAUAUUGGAUCGAGACCCAAAAGAAGAAGUUCUAAAGGCAUUUAAGCUGUUCGAUGAUGAUGACUCUGGAAAGAUCAGCCUCAGAAACUUGCGGCGUGUGGCCAGAGAGCUUGGAGAGGACAUGAGUGAUGAAGAGCUGAAGGCUAUGAUUGAUGAGUUUGACGCUGAUAGAGAUGGAGAGAGUGGACCCCACUGAAGUGCUCAAGCAGAACCUCAAAUCAGCAGUUUACAUUUGAAAGCCCUGUGCAUUAAUGAAGCACUGUGGCUUCAUUAAUGCAAUCAUGUGGAUAUGAUUGGGCCAGAAUUUAAUCACAUCGAUGUGAAAGACUGCUGUCAAACACUUGUGAUAACUGGACAUCAAACAGUGGCACAAGUGAUAAUUAUGUCUUGGGGGCAAGGCAUUACAUAUCCACUAAACGAUAUUUUUUUUUCCACUAAAUAAAAUUAUAUUAAAACUG